CAUCUUCAUCAUACGAAGACGCCGUCCCUCAAACUGAGGAUUGCGGUCGGGGCCUGUCGUUUCUGUGCCAUCAAGAUCGCCGGAUAAGCCGCCUUCGAAAGCCAACACGGGCCAUCCCCCACGCCCUGCGAGGCGGCGAACAAAGGAGCCAGCAAUCGGAGCAUAUCAGGCACCUGCCACUGUCUCGGAUACCUACCUGCAUAACACCACGACCGGAAAAGAACCCGCCAAUUGUGCUGUCGCUAUGGAUUCGCUAUGGCGUGAGGAUCUCUGCGAGGGGCUUCGCGACCUCAGCGUCGUUAACCUCAUUGUUUCAAUCCUCAUCCUCGUAGGAAUGCUUAUCAGUUAUCUCCCUCAGCACGCCCGCAUCAUCCAACGCGGCACCUCCGAAGGCAUCUCCCCCUACUUUGUCCUACUCGGCACCACGUCCGCCACAUCGGCCUUUGCCAACAUCCUGCUGCUUCCCCAGUCGCGGCAGGACGUUGCUUGCUGCAAGGAGCUCGAGACAUUUCACUGCGUUGCCGGGCUUUUGGGCAUCGCACAGCUUGGCGUCCAAUGGAUCUGCUUUACCUUCAUUUUCGUUCUCUUCCUUGUCUUCUUCCGAUACAAUAAUGAGCAGGAUGGUGGAGAGCUCGGUGCUGACGAGGAAGCGGAGCCUAAAUGGCAGACGGCCUUGCUGGUCGCCUCGCUGACCCUCGUGCACGGCCUUGUCGUCAUCGUCGUGACGGGAAUCCUCACGACCAUCGCCCCCGAGCAUCUCUCUGUCUGGGCCAACGUGCUCGGAGUCAUGGCCGCCCUUCUCGCUGCCGUGCAAUACAUACCGCAGAUAUGGACCACCUACCACCUUAAGCACGUUGGCAGUCUGAGCAUCCCGAUGAUGUGCAUCCAGACGCCCGGGGGCUUCGUCUUCGCGGCCAGCCUGUUCGCUCGACUGGGCUGGGCGGGAUGGAGCUCGUGGGGUAUUUUCGUUCUGACGGCCACGAUGCAAGGCGCGCUGCUGUACAUGGCCAUCUACUACGAGAUCCAGGCACGCAACCUCCGCGGCCUGAAGCCGCUGCCGAUCCAGGGACUGCCCCCUUCGCAUCUACACGCUAACGGCUUUGAUGACGACGUGCCGGGCCGUUACACGUCGCACCCCGAGCACUACGCCGAGACGCCUGAGCAGCUUCAGAACAUACUCGAACGCCAGGAGAGCGACGCCGCGGCCGAGACGGCGCCUUUGCUGAGACCCGGCGGAAUCGGCGACCCGCACAGGAAUUACGACACCAACCGUGGCUAG